UGCAUUAGUUUGUUUUUCCCCGCUCAGAACGGAGAGAGACACAUCAAGCUUGACUCAGAGUUGUUGCGAUCCAAAUCGCGUAAAGAGAAUCACGGAUUCAGAUGAGGUAACAUCUACAUAAGUGCAGUACAGGAGGUGUGUGCCCUCUGUGCCAGCGAUGGGGUGGCGAGAACUGACGAUUGACCUGCUACUGCUGCUGGUGGCAUCCCAUCUGGAGGCUGUGAGCUUUCCUGAGGACAACAUUCCUUUAGACGUUGUGGACCGACACUAUGCACGACAGUACCCCGUGUUUCGUGGACGCCCCUCUGGCAACGAAUCUCAGCACAGACUGGACUUUCAGCUCAUGACCAAGAUACACGAUACGCUUUUCAUCGCAGGCAGGGACCAGGUGUAUUUAGUGAGUCUGAGAGAGUCCUACAGGAACGAGAUUAUUCCAUACAGGAAGCUAACGUGGCGGUCGGGACAGGCGGACAGGGAGACGUGCGCCAUGAAGGGAAAGCACAGAGACGAGUGCCAUAAUUUCAUUAAAGUCCUGGUUCCUAGAAACGAUGAUCUUGUGUUCAUCUGCGGAACAAAUGGUUUCAAUCCUAUGUGCCGUUACUACAGGUUGGAUAACUUGGAGUUUGAUGGGGAAGAGAUCAGCGGUUUGGCCCGAUGCCCGUUUGACGCCAAGCAGACGAACGUUGCCCUGUUUGCUGAUGGUAAGCUGUACUCAGCAACCGUGGCAGACUUCCUGGCCAGCGAUGCUGUGAUUUAUCGCAGCAUGGGAGACGGUUCUGCCCUUCGCACCAUCAAGUAUGACUCCAAGUGGUUAAAAGAGCCACAUUUUCUCCAUGCCGUGGAUUAUGGGGAUUUUGUCUACUUUUUUUUCAGAGAAAUCGCAGCCGAGCACAACAACUUGGGAAAGGCGGUUUACUCCAGAGUGGCUCGGAUCUGUAAAAAUGACAUGGGAGGGUCUCAGCGGGUGCUGGAAAAACACUGGACAACUUUUGUUAAGGCUCGCCUAAACUGUUCUGUUCCUGGAGAAUCGUUUUUCUACUUUGACGUCCUUCAGGCUAUUACGGACAUCAUCGACAUUAAUGGGGUGCCUUCUGUGGUUGGAGUUUUCACCACCCAGUUGAACAGUAUCCCUGGCUCCGCGGUGUGUGCGUUCUCCAUGGCGGACAUUGAGAAAGCCUUCCAUGGCCGUUUCAAAGAGCAAAAGACGCCAGAUUCAGUGUGGACGCCAUUUCCAGAGGAUAAGCUGCCUAAGCCCAGACCCGGCUGCUGUGCGGGACACGGUUCAGCAGAGUCUUACAAAACCUCCAUCGAGUUUCCAGACGAGACCCUUCAGUUCAUCAAGUCACACCCUCUCAUGGACGCCUCAGUCCCCUCCAUUGGAGACGAACCGUGGUUCACCAAAACAAGAGUCAGGUACAGGCUCACGACACUCGCUGUUGAUAACACUGCAGGACCCCAUAAGAAUUACACAGUGGUUUUCAUUGGCUCUGAGGCAGGCAUCAUGCUAAAGGUUCUGGCCAAGACAUCCCCACUGUCUUUGAAUGACACCAUCCUACUGGAGGAGAUUGACAUUUUCAAUCAAGCCAAGUGUUUAUCCAGCAAUGAGGACGAUCGGCGAAUUAUGUCUUUCCACCUAGAUAAGGACACCCACACACUCUAUGUGGCCUUUUCCAGCUGUGUGGUCAGAAUACCACUCAGGAUUCAUUCAUUGAGUUCAUCUUUCUCCCUUUCUUUUCACCUCUACUGCUGCACCUACCCUUAUUCCUGUGCUUUUCAUCAUAUUAUCACCAUUAUCAUUGAGAGGCACCUGAUCUCUCAGCACCAGCUUGCUGAAAUUUCCUUACCUGAGACUCUGCACAGUCAUUACUUUCCUUCGUUACGUUGCGCCUAUCAUGGGCGCCGAUUCUAUAACAGUUUGUUUGUCGCUACAGACAUGGAGUUGCCAUCAUCGUCAGUCACAGUGCCCGUGACCUCUGAACACAUACAAUCAUCCCAAACCAUCCCCACUCAGAUACCCCAACUCUUUGGCUCACGGAAAUUUGUGCUCCACGAUGACCCAGCCACUUCACAUUCUAUUGAGCAUAUACCAGGUGUGCUGGAGGGUGUGUGGGAAAUACAAGCAGGUGAAUCUAACCAGAUGGUGCACAUGAAUAUCCUUAUCUCCUGUGUGUUAGCUGCAUUUCUGCUCGGUGCAUUCAUCGCUGGCAUGGUCGUUUACUGCUAUAGAGAUGCCUUCCUUCGCACUCCACGCAAGAUCCAAAAAGAUGCAGAGUCAGCACAGUCCUGCACUGAUUCCACUGGCAGCUUUGCCAAGCUCAACGGUCUGUUUGACAGUCCUGUGAAAGAGUACCAACCCAAUAUGGAUACUCCCAAACUUUACACCAACCUGUUGAGCAAUGGGAGGGAGGUGCCAACCACCGGAGACACAAAGACAAUACUCUUGAGCGGACAGCCACCAGAACUAGCAGCACUGCCUACACCCGAGUCCACACCUGUGCUUCAACAGAAGAGCCUUCAGCCAAUUAAGAACCAAUGGGAGAGAGCUCACGGAAAGAUAAGUGGCUCCCGCAAAGAUGGGCCACCCAAGAGCCCACAGUACCUUCCCUCCAGUCCCCCUCCCCAUUCUACCAUCAGCAACCCCCACAUCCCCAGUGCCGUAGUAUUGCCCAAUGCCACACAUGAGAGCAGGGCAUCCUUCAAUACUCCUGAAGGGCCUCAAGCUGAAAAGAUCCAGAAUAGUGAUCAACAUGGUUCCAAGUCUGGCCGUAAAGACCAGCGGCGCACUGUGGAUGCCAGGAACACCCUGAACGACCUCUUGAAGCACCUGAAUGAUAGCAACCCAAAGGCCAUCAUGGUGGAGAUGCCCAAAUCCCGACAGCACCUGAUGCUGGAACCCAUUGUAAGCCCAACAGAGCUUCCCCCCAAAGUCCCAAGCCGAGAGGCCUCCUUGUACUCUCCGUCUUCCUCUCUGCCCAGGAAUAGCCCGACCAAGAGACUGGAUGUGCCUACUACUCCAACAUCACCCACAGGGCAGAUGGGAACUCUCGAGAGACAGCGGUAUCACCGCAGCUCAUCCCAGCGACACUCCAUAUCCUCGCCGCCCAAAGGGCUGCACUCACCUAGCGGGGCCAUAGUGUCCCGGCAACCUAGUAUGAACAGAGGUGGGUACAUGGCCCCAACUCCUAGUCCACCCACUAGACUAGACUCUCAUGGGGUACCAAUGGCUAUGACACCUUCCGUAUCCAGGCAGAGCAGCUACAGUGGUCAUGGAUCUUUACCACGAACAUCCAUCAAACGGACAGCAUCGUUAAAGCCCGAUGUGCCCCCCAAACCCAAUGGCUUUGCACCACAGACUGCACAAAUGAGGGCAGUGAACAAGUAUAGCUACUGAAAUGCUUAGCAGGAUCUUACUCGAUGAAUGGACAGUGGGAGUAAAAGCAUUUGGCCCGCAGAGAUAUGGCGUGCCAGUCUCCGUUCCCUAUGAAGGGAAAUGAAUCGGAUGGCAGAGCUUCUGUUUCGGGUAGUUGUGCUAGUUCUCAAUGACGUUGUCCUGUCACGCUUAAGUGGCAGGUGACGGAUUCUGAUCUUUAAGGCGGCAGGAACGCCUGAGGUCAUGGGUCACAGCUGACAUGCAGCAUAAAGCAGCUGCAUAGUUGCAGCGGCGAUCGGGCAGCGUAUGCUCCCUUAUGCACUGUUCUCCCCGUCAAUGUGAACUGUAUUUGUUAGACUGUUUGGAAAAUAUGAUAUUCUUGCUUGGAUAUCUCUCCAGAAGACAGGCAGAGUGAAAGGGACAUGUUGCGUGUCUGUGUUUGAUUAGUCUCUGGGGCUAACCAGUGUGCAUUCAUUGACCGUGUUUUUUUCAGUAAAAUGAGAACAAGCUUGAGUCAUCGCUGUCAUAAAACUAAAUCCCAUUUAUUGUGCAUUAACAUCAGAUGUGUUUGGACACAGAAGUUCAGACAUUAAUUAAUCAUUUCUGCGUGCAAAAGAAAUGUCCAGGGCUCCUGCUUGGACUACUGAUUUUAAAACUCACAGGGUAAAAGUGCCCUCAACAUUUGUGCUGCUAAGUGUAGACGAUGACAAUGUUUAACAGACUCCAGUGUGGCAUUUCAUGCAGCAGUUCUGUGUGUCAAGCUGCGUCAAGCUUUUAAACCCACAGGUUCAGCACAGGAUCACGCUGGUCAAAUGUACAAUGUUCUCUUUGGUCAUUUUUAGUUCCAGAAAAUCACUGGGAAUCCUGUAAUCCCAUAAAGUCAACUUUCAACUAUGACGUAAGGCAGAUCAUUGAUCAACCUCUCUCCUUUCUCACAUGCCAAGCAAGCACUGCUGUUGGGUCUGUGAAGUUCAAGACAAUUUUUGUCUCCUUUUACAUUCUUGAAUAUUCCUUGCAGUUUACACCAUUUCAGAGAGCUUGCUUUUUGGUUCCUGGGCAAAGUAUUACAAAAAACUGCAAACAGCACAUUUCUUACCAUAUACCACUACUCAACUCUGUGGCAAAACCCAACCUCAGCUCCAUACUAGACCCUAUCUGAGAGUUACGCUUCACUUUGCUUGUUUAAAAGAACAGAGGCCUCAAUUGCAUACUCACUAUAAGUGUACAAUCACUGCAAUACCUACCAGUGUGUCUUGCAGAGUCGUGCCAGUGAUAGCGUUAUUGUAAAUAUUCAACUAUUUAAGUGUGGAUAUUUUCAAGGCAAGUUUACCUGGAUCAGUGUAUUUGUGUGCCUUAUUAAAGUCAUGAGAGCGCAGUUUGGUUUUGGACAUUUCACUAUAUAUUUCAUUUCACAUUUCACAGUUUGGUUUUGGACAUUUCAUCAUAGACAAAUAAUUUUUGGUUGGAUAUGAGCAGGGAGGCUACCCAAGGGUGACAUUUUAGGAAUUGGUCAUUGCAAAACCCAUAAUGAUUGACCAGUAAUCUGAAAAUUUGGAGUCCCCUCAGUAUUUGCAGUGACUACGGCCCUGGAUGGGGAGACCAUGAUAUGGCUGGACCUUCAGAAUGAAAUUUCUUUUAUAGAAAUGAGAUUAUAAUAAAAAAUUAUAAUAAUUACUUGGCCAUUUUCUUAUUGCCAUUUUAUUUUUAUUCAUUUCUGGAAGGUGCUAAUUUGCGAUGAUGAGAUGCCAUGCAAUGAAUGUAUUAUGAAUCUAAAAUGUAUAUCACCUAACUCUCAGCUCACAAUAUUUCACAAUAUUUAAUGGGGUCAAAUCAAGAUGUGCUUUUAUAGUGGGUCAUCUACGAUUAGAGACUCACAGUUUGUUUGAAAUUACUUGGGAAUUUCAGUAUAUUGAGGGGAAACUUGCCUGUUCAAUCCCAAAGCUUCAUGUUUGUUUACAUGUUCUGAUUGUAUUAGAGCAGCUGAGCGGAGGCUGGUGCAUCAUCACCUGCUAAAGAUCAGUUUUAUUAAAGGAGAGAGAGUUGAUCCUGUGCUCUGGUUCAAGUUGUCCUGUGUUGAGCUGCCUUGUAUAUUGCAAUAUAAAUCUGCAAUCUGACUUCAAGCCUUUACUGUUCAGUCAAUACUCUACGUGCAAAGAAACCAGACUGGUCUACCUUUUAUUUUUAAUACUGUGCAAACCUUGGCAGUUGAAAUACAGCUUUUCCUUUCUGGAAUAUUUUAAUGUGUAGAUAUUGUAAAGCUGUACUGUGAAAGUGUAAAUAAUUACAGUCAUUGUUUAAGAAUAUUUUUGUUGACUUUUUUUAACACGGCAUGUAUAGUUGAAAUAAAAUAUUACU